AUGGCUGAAAAUGCUCAAGUUGAAGAAAGUGAAAGUGCUCAAAAUCUCAUAAAACAUCAGAUUGAGCAACUCUUAAAACUUCUACCAUCUACAUCAAAACCUAGAUCAGAAAUAGAAGAAGAACUUGACAGUAGCUUUGCAGGUAUGAUUACAUGUUAUACUGAUUCUGUUAAAAUGAAACAUUGGGUAAUUGAUACAAGAGCAUCUGACCAUAUGAUGUCUGACAUAACUUUGCUUGACAAAGCUGUUAAAAGUCCUAAAAGACCUAGGAUUAAUCUUCCUAAUGGCGAAACUGUAAACAUAUCUCACACAGGAGAGGUGAGCCUGAAAAAUAACAUGGUGCUCAAGGAAGUGUUGUGUGAUCCUGAAUUCAAACACAACUUGUUAUCUAUAAACAAGUUGAUAUUGCAAAACAACUGCAAAGUGACCUUCUACAAUGAUAUUUGUGUGAUUCAGGAUUGUGUUACUCAGAAGAUCAAGGGAGUUGGAAGAGUCCAGGAUGGUCUCUACUUACUGGUAGAUGAGCCAGGAGAGAAGAUAGUAGAAAAAGCAAGGAGAAGAUCUCACUCUUUAGCAGAGGCAGAGAGAAGAGAUAAAAAUAAAGCUGUAGAAAAAGCUGUAGAGAAAAGAAAAUUGGUUAGCAAACCCGAAACUUGUGUAAAGUAUGCUAAUCAUGUAAAAAGUAGGAAAGAAGAAUAUGCCUUAUGGCACAAUAGACUUGGGCAUGCUCCUUUAAAAAAAUUAAAGUUGAUUGGUUGUAUUAAAGGUGAUGUUAUUGAAUCUACUUGUGUUUGCUUAACCUGUCCUAUGGCAAAAUUCACCAAACUGUCAUAUAACUUAAGUGACUCUGUGGCAUCUGAACCUUUCAGCCUUGUUCAUAUGGAUAUUUGGGGGCCUUAUAGGUCGCUCCACAUCAAAAUGACUCACAACGACGUGAUAGUUUCACUCCUUUUGUUCCUUCUCUUAUUUGUAAACAUCUCUCACUCUCAACCUAUCCCAUAUCUUUGCCAUCCCCACGACAAAAAUGUCCUCCUCCGAAUCAAAAACCACUUCGGCAACCCGCCCUCGCUUUCGUCAUGGGAUACCAAUACAGAUUGUGCUCUAUGGAAAGGAAUUCGAUGCAACGAUCAAACCCAUGUCACCGUAAUCAUAAUCAACACUGCCGAAGAUAUCCACGGCCCAAUACCGCCUUUCUUAGACCAACUUCCGUCCCUCACUAAGCUUUACUUGUUUGAACUUCCUAAUCUUUCAGGUCCAAUACCAUCAUACGUCAGUAAGCUCACUAACCUCACUCAUCUUUCUAUCACUACAACCAAUGUAUCCGGCCUAAUCCCUGAAUUUUUGAGUCAGCUCACGAAUUUGAACGAACUAAAUCUCGCAUCCAAUAAGUUAACUGGUCCGGUCCCUGAUUUUCUAGGCAGAUUGAAGAAGUUGACUUAUCUUGAUCUCUCUUCCAAUUUACUCACUGGCACAAUUCCUGUAGCCUUGAGCAAAUUAACCAAUCUCGAAAUCCUUGCGCUUAGUUCAAACAAAUUGUCUGGAAAAAUACCCGAUUUUAUAGGCAAACAACUUAAUAAUCUAAUAAUACUAGCGCUCGAUUUCAACUCUUUAUCAGACACAAUCCCAGCAUCUUUAAGCUUGUUGCUUAAACUCCAAAAUCUCGCGCUUACUGGAAACCAAUUAACUGGUCCGGUCCCAAAGUGGUUGGGUCGCGGUUAUUUAAUCUAUCUUUAUCUUGGUCACAAUAAACUAACGGGGGAUGCCUCGUUUUUGUUUGAAAAGACCAACAUCAAUAUUCUCAAUUUGGGAGUUGAGAACAAUCUUUUGAAAUUUGACUUUACAAAUGUGGAGUUGGCCCCAGUUUUAUUAGGCAUGAAUAUAAGCCAUAACAUGAUAUAUGGGUCUCUUCCUAAGCAAUUCGGCUUAUUACAGCCAGAUGAAGUUGAUGUGAGUUAUAAUCAACUUUGUGGUCCAAUUCCUAAUGGUAGACGUUUCAAACGGGCUAAUCCGAACAUAUUUGCUCAUAAUAAGUGCCUUUGCGGUGGUCCAUUUCCUGGUUGCAAGUAACCAUGAAUGCUUGUCAGAUGAUUCAUAUUAUGUAAGACUUUCUUCUUUAAUCGGUCUUUUUAUGUUUUGGAGUUUGCAGUUGUGAUGUGUAGGUUUAUUGUGUUGUUAUAAUUGUGUAAGUCUAGUAUUGAUGACAGUAACAAGCAAUUAUUUGGACUAGAUUGUUGGAAUAUUGCUUUAAAUUAGGGGUAAUGGGUUAGUUGAUAUUAUUUAGGAGCAUGUGUUAGUUGCUUAAGAUUCUUGUGUUAGUGUACUUAAU